CCCCGAUCCGGUGCCUUUGCGAUCGCGCUUCUCUGCGUUUCGCCGGGCGCGAGCCUAACCCUCAGCAGACAGCCUCUCGUCUCCCGCCCGCACCAUGCCUUGGCUCAGCCGCGCUGCUCCGAGCCGGUGGCGACGGAGCGGCGCGAGGAGCACGCGGCACCAGCACGUGAGGAUACAGUCCAGGAGCGGCUGCGCCUCUUCUGGCGGCUGGCCGUGCCCUACUUUUCGAACGCGGAGGGCGCGAAGCUGAACUUUGGUCUGAUGCUGCUCCUCGUCCUCAUCAACAGCGGCAUCUCGGUCAUCUUUUCGUACGUCGGCCGCGACUUCUACUCGGCGCUCUCAGCAAAGGACCAGGCGCUCUUCCUGGAGAAGACGUCCAACUACGCCGUCGGGCUCGCCGUGGCGACGCCGCUCACUGUCCUCUACAAGUUCCAGCGCCAGCGCCUCGCCCUCAACUGGCGGGAGUGGAUGACCACGGAGCUGUCUCGGCAGUACUGCACCGACAAGGCGUACUACAAGCUUGAGAUCGACCCCGAGAUCGACAACCCGGACCAGCGGCUGACCGAGGACGUGCAGGCCUUCACCAAGGUGUCACUCGACUUCUUCAUCACGCUGAUGACCGCCGCAAUCGAUCUCGUCUCCUUUUCCGGCAUCCUCUACUCCAUCUACCCCAACCUCUUCUACGCCAUCUUUGUCUACGCCGGCGUCGGGACUCUGGCGGCCGUCAGGCUGGGGCAGGGCCCAUUCGGUCACUCUGCGCACGGGUGCCGGAGAGUGCAGGCGAACCUGCGCUACUCGCUCGUGCGGCUGCGCGAGAAUGCGGAGUCGAUCGCUUUCUACCGCGGAGAGGCGCAGGAGGAGGAGGAGGUAGUCUCGCGACUGGGCGGCGCCGUCGAGAACAAGCGCACGCAGCGCAACCUCGAGUUCUUCACGGUGGGGUACUCGUACCUGAUCCAAAUCCUGCCCGUGCUCGUCGUGUCGCCGCUCUACUUUGCCGGCUCCGUCGAGCUCGGCGUGAUCACCCACGCGCACCUCUGCUUUUCUUUUUCCGGACGCCUCCUUCCUUUUCUAGGCCUCUCCUCCUUCUCGGCCGGCCUCGGCCGCCUCGCCACCUUCGUGGACCGCAUGGAGGCGUACCAGGGCCCCUCCUCCUCCUCCUCCUCGCCAGCCACUUUCCAGCUGGCCGAAGCAGCGGCCUCGGCCGAGGCGGCCGCGUUGUCCGAGAUUGCACGGGGCGUAGGCUCGCGCCGCCUCUUCUCGAACGUGUCUGUGGACGUGCAGCCGGGGCGGCAUCUCCUCGUGAUGGGCAACUCCGGCACCGGCAAGUCGUCCCCCGCGGUGCACAGGCGCGCCGUCGCGGGGCUGUGGGACCGCGGUUCGGGCGACAUCGCUCGCCCGCACACCGCCGACACGAUGUUCCUGCCGCAGCGGCCGUACUGCACGCUCGGCUCGCUGCGGCAGCAGCUGGUGUACGCGAGGACUGUCGACGAGUGGAGAGCUGUGCAGCUCGACCGGCUGGCGGAGCGAGGUGUCGAGGGGCUCGACGCGGUGCGCGACUGGGGCGACGAGCUCAGCUUGGGCGAGCAGCAGCGGCUCGCCUUCGCGCGCGUGCUCGUCAGCAAGCCAAGGCUCGCCAUCCUGGACGAGGCGACGUCGGCGCUCGACCUCAACAACGAGGCGAUCAUGUACAAGGCGCUCGCGGCGGUGCCCGGCAUCACCUACGUCUCGGUGGGGCACCGGCCGUCGCUGCUCUCCUUCCACGCGUCGCGGCUGCGGCUGCUCGGGGCGGGCCACUCGCCCUGCUUCGAGGUGGAGGACCUCGCCGAGGAGCCGGCGGAGGAGGCGGCGGCGGCGGGUGCCAGCGGCCUGGCUGCGCGGCGGUAGCGUGAGACGGCGGCGUGAGAUCGGGGCGAGGUUUAAGAAGCUGCGGCCACAGGGAAGGGGCGACCACUUAGAUUUCAGGGCAAGAGGUCUCUAUUAGAAAACUGCAGACUCUUGAUGCAAUAUGUUCCA